AAUACUUUCCUAGCAACUACUGUCAAAGUCACAUUCGUUUACACUAUUCUUAUUAAUUCGGAGAAAAAGACUUUUUACUUGAAAGAGCUACUUCUAAGGUAUCUUAGAACUGUAAGAUUCUUCAAAGCAACUUGAAAGGCACAAGGCUAACAAACAAAAAUAACUUGGUUUAGGCUGAGAGGGUGCAGAAAUUGCUUAGGCCUCUGAGCGUCGCUGUUGACCACCUAAGAAGUAAAAGCCUAUGAGAGACCCAGUCCAACAUUACGGCUCCCACAACACAAACGACUGGGAAUUUGGCCCGCAAGCUUCGGGGGCGGCAGCAAAGAAAUUCAGUCCACCAGCCCACUAAUUCUCUCCACAGUGACCUGGGUCCUGUGAAUGCUGAUCACCUGAGAUCCUGAGGAAUAAAGAUUGGGAAUCCCGCACUGGAUGCUGAAAGUUGCCUCGGGAGAAAAGACUGCAGCAGAAGAAAUGGCAGCUCUGCAAAACUGGCCACACGGCAGAAAGCUGGUCCUGCUGUGCAUUCUUUUGGCGGCCCUGUGGGAGGCCGGAGCUGGACAAAUGCGCUAUUCUGUGCCAGAAGAGAUCGAAAAAGGCUCCUUCGUGGGCAACAUCGCCAAGGACUUGGGUUUGGAGGCCCUGACAUUGGCAGAGCGCGGAGUCCGCAUCGUCUCCAGAGGUAGGACGCAGCUCUUUGCUCUGAACUCUCGAAGUGGCAGCUUGGUCGCCGCGGGCAGAGUAGACCGGGAGGAGCUCUGCGCUCAGAGCUCGCCGUGUCUGGUGAAUUUUAACCUACUCCUGGAAGAUACAUUGAAUAUUUAUUCAGUAGAGGUAGAAAUAACAGAUAUUAACGAUAAUGCCCCUCGCUUUGGAGUAGAGGAACUGGAGCUAAAAAUCAGUGAAGCUACUACGCCAGGAUUCCGGAUUCCUCUUAAGAGUGCGCAUGAUGUGGACGUAGGAGAGAACACCCUUCAGAAGUACGAACUCAACCCAAAUAACCGCUUCUCCCUGGACGUGCGAAGCGGAGCGGAUGGUAACAAGUACCCAGAGAUGGUGCUGGAGCGCGCCCUGGACCGCGAGGAAGAGGCGGUUCACCACCUCGUUCUCCUGGCUUUUGAUGGGGGCGCCCCAAUGCGAUCUGGCACCUCCCGCAUCCGCGUAGUGGUCCAGGAUGUAAACGACAACGCGCCUGCUUUUACACAGUCCGAGUACCGUGUAAGUGUUCUGGAGAAUAUGCCCGUAGGCACGCGGAUACUCACAGUGACUGCCACUGAUGCAGAUGAGGGAUACAACGCUCAAGUGGCAUAUUUUCAAGAGAAAAACCCUGGAGGAUCUUCAGAGAUAUUUGAGCUUAAGGCGACAUCAGGAGACAUAACAAUCACAAAAAGUCUAGAUUAUGAGGAUGCCAAAUUCCAUGAAAUUGAUAUUGAAGCUCAGGAUGGUCCGGGCCUUCUGACCAGAACGAAGGUUAUUGUCACAGUUCUGGACGUGAAUGACAAUGCCCCAGAAUUUUACAUGACAUCUGCUACUAGCUCUGUUCCUGAAGAUUCUCCUCCAGGAACCAUAAUUGCACUUUUCAAUGUACAUGACACAGACUCUGGGCAGAAUGCAUUUAUCACAUGUUCUCUCUCGGGAAACCUUCCUUUCAAGUUAGAAAGGUGAGUGGACAAUUACUACCGACUGGUUACAGCCAGAGCCCUUGACAGGGAACAGUUUUCCUCUUACAACGUCACUGUGACUGCUAAAGAUGGAGGGAACCCCUCUCUGUCCACGAAUGCUUACGUUUUGCUGCAGGUGGCAGACAUCAGCGACAACCCACCCACCUUCCCCCACAUGUCCUACUCUGCCUACAUUCCUGAAAACAACCCCAGAGGCACCCCCAUCAUUUCCAUGAAGGCCCAUGACCCUGACAGCGACGACAAUGCCCAUGUAACUUAUUUCUUGACCGAGGGCACCCUUCAGGGGGCGCCUCUAUCCUCCUACAUCUCCAUUAACUCGGACACGGGUGUCCUCUACGCACUGUGCUCCUUUGACUAUGAGCAAUUCCAUGACCUGCAGCUAUGGGUUCUGGCGAGGGACAGCGGGAAGCCACCGCUCAGCAGCAACGUGUCGCUGAGCCUGUUUGUACUGGACCAGAAUGACAAUGCGCCGGAGAUCCUGUACCCCACCCUCCCCACCGAUGGUUCCACGGGCGUGGAGCUGGCGCCCCGCUCCGCGGAUCCCGGCUACCUGGUGACCAAGGUGGUGGCAGUGGACAGAGACUCAGGCCAGAACGCCUGGCUGUCCUACCGCCUACUCAAGGCCAGCGAGCCAGGGCUCUUCGAAGUGGGGCUGCACACGGGCGAGGUGCGCACAGCGCGGGCCCUGCUGGACAGAGACACGCUCAAACAGAACCUGGUGGUGGCGGUCCAGGACCACGGCCAGCCCCCUCUCUCAACCACCCUCACGCUCACCGUGGCGGUGGCUGACAGGAUCCCAGACGUCUUGGCCGACCUGGGCAGCCUCGAUCCCUCCGCCGACCCGGAUGAUUCAGACCUCACUCUGUACUUGGUGGUGGCGGUGGCCGCGGUCUCCUGCGUCUUCCUCGCUUUUGUCAUCAUGUUGCUGGCGCUCAGACUGCGGCGCUGGCAUACAUCGCGCCUGCUCCAGGCUCCAGGAGGCGGGUUGGCGGGCGUGCGCGCCUCGCACUUCCUAGGCGUGGACGGGGUGCGAGCUUUCCUGCAGACCUAUUCCCACGAAGUCUCCCUCACAGCGGACUCGCAAAAGAGUCGCGUGAUCUUCCCCCAGCCCAACUACGCGGAGACGCUCGUCAGCCAGGAAAGCUGUGAGAAAAAGGAUUUUCUAUCAGUACCUCAGCCUUUACUUGAAGAUAAAGGAGAAGAAACAUUUUCUCAGGUAAACUCUCUUCGCAAUAUACUCAAUGAGCGAUUGCUAAAAUAAGUAAAAUUACCUUUUUACUUAGCUGCCUCCACUGUUUACAAUCUCUCUUCUAUUUCGCAUAUUUCCUUGUGAAUAUAUUCAAUUUUUAGAAAGUGAGUCCUGAUGAAUUAUUUCUCAGUACUUCUAAGUGUUCACACCCUGUAAGGGAGAAGAGGAGCUAGAAUCAUUGUGUCAUAAGUAUAAAUCAGGAAUUAGUAGGUGAAGAUGAUAUUUAGGUUAUUAAAA